AUGACUUUUCCAGAAUUAAAUUUAAAAUUAAGAACUAAUGACGAAUUUUAUUCUCAAACUGAUGAAGAUUAUCACAAACAAACAUCUCUUUUAUGUGAUUUGAAAAUUGAUCUUGUUACAUCAGUUCCUUUAGAUUACAUGCAUUUGGUGUUACUAGGAAAUAUGAAACGUUUAAUAGGAUUUUGGAUUAAAGAUAAUCAACAAUUUGCGCUCGUUCAAUUUGAAUACAUGGAGUUCUCAGUAGUUCCUAUAUUCUGGUUAGAAGAACCAAAUUAUUGUUUUUGGCCUCAGGGAAUGAAAAAUAUCAGAACGGCCAUAGUCAAAGGAAUGGCAGUACAAAAUAAUUGGAUUAAAUGUAAAUGCAGUGUUAUUAGUAAGCAUGCCACUUAUGAAUUAGCUUUAGACGCUGAAAAACACGCUAUUGCCUCGUCAGAAUCGGAAAAUGAGCGACAAGCGGGAAAACGAAAAGUAAAACACAACAAGCAAAAUGAUUUUGUUGAAUUUGUUGGUCCUCCAAAAUUGGUCUCUCACCAGAAGAAGAAUACUACCACAAAACCAUUGGAAUCCAGUAAUAACAAUUUUGAAGCAGGUGAUGCAGAACAGAACAAUGAGAAAGAUAUCUUAGCAGACAAUAUUACUACAGCGCCAACAGUAAUUGAACAAGUAGACGAUGACGAUAAUUUCUCUAAAUUUGUAAUUGAAUUUAGGAGAACGAUGACAGAUAUUCAAUUACAACUGCAAACUUUGGGAAAUAAACAGGAACAGUUUCAGGAGACUGUAAAUAUAAUCCUGACUAAAAUCAAUAAUGAACAAUACUAUAAGGAAGACAUAACCAUAAAGGACAAUAAAAUUGGAAAAUACCUUCCAUUAACCACAAUUGAAGACUUGCUUCAAUUAGAGGAUAUAUUGAAAAAUGAUGAUGAGGCUUCAAUGCAAGUUGUUAAUAAAAUAUUAUUAAUAGGAGGAAAGAACGAAAAAGAUUUCCUUCGAAGAACUUUAAGCGCAAUGUUCACGGAUAACUUAGCAUCAAUGUGCUCAUGGACAGGGCAAAAAAACAACUUCAAAGUUGGGGAUACGCAAAUUAUAAUGAGUAUUAAAAAAGCUUUUAGAACAACAUUUCCUCGAGUCACCGAAAGGGAUUUCGAAUUUACAGUGAUGGAAUGGUUCCGAUUUUCCAAUGUUCGUAGACAAAGAAAACUUUAAAAAAAGUCAGCGAGACAUUGAAGACAGGCUCACCAAUGAUCUCAAUGAUACUGCUGGCAAAAAUUGUCCUUCCCGAUGAAAUAUCCAAGGAGGAGCUUUUCAUAUGUC